AUGAUUGCUGGCUUUCAGAGGGAGGCGGAUCUUUGUGUCCAAUGUGUCUCCACAGAGCUCACUUGAACCUUUCUCCUCGAACCAAACGAGCCCCGCUGAGAUAGCUGAGAGCCGCUUUCUCUCUCCCGGAGAGGAGCUGGAGGCGGACCGGGGGAACUGAGCAAUGAUCAGCACCAUGGAGUGCGCCGUGGACGCGCAGAGCCUGAUCUCCAUUUCCUUAAUGAAGAUCCACAACUCCAGGACGCAGAGAGGAGGAAUCAAGCUGCACAAAAACCUGCUGGUCUCCUACGUGCUGAGGAACGCCAGGCAGGUCUACAUCAAGGAGAAGUACGCGGAGAUCUACAGGAUGCAGCAGUACGAGGAGGUGAUGACUGUCUGCAACGAGAUCCAGGAACUCAACCCGCUGGAUCUGGAGGCGGAGGACGCGGAGGACGAGGAGCAGGCGCGGGCUGCUUGCUGCGCAGAGGAGGCGAGCGCGUGCGGCUCUCCGUGCCACAGAGGCGCGGCGCAUUGCCGGGCGGCGGGCACUGUGGCCGGCUGCUCCCUUCUGGAGGACGGCUGCAAAGAGCCGGAGCCCUCCUAUUACCGCAGCUGCUGUAUGGAAGCGCCCCCCGCUCCGCUCUGCGAGCAGUGUCCCGCAAAUAGCAGCGCGCACUGCAACAAGACCACGGUGCUGGACCUGGACACGCAUGUGGUGACCACGGUGGAGAACGGCUACCUCCACCAGGACUGCUGCUGCGACGCGCUCCAGUGCGGCCAGAGCGCGCAGUCCCCGGCCAAGAAGCGAAAGGUGGAGUUCGGCUGCUGCGCGUCGGACGCGGAGGAAGCGCAUGACUUCACGGCGGCUCGCAAACGGGCCAAACGCGAGGACUGCUCCUACUCCGCCCCGGACUAUACGGACACUUCCAACAUCUCCAACCUGAUCUCCAUCUUCGGCUCGGGGUUUUCGGGGCUGCUGAGCAGGCAGGCGGACUUGGAGCAGAUCUGUAGCAAACAAGCCCUAGCCAGCCUCGGAGCGUGGACCCGAGCCAUCGUCGCGUUUUGAAUGGAACACUUUUUGUUUUGGGGAGGGGAGAGCGGGUUCAGCUGGAGCGGGACUGUGUGAUGCGUUCAGCUCCUGUGUGGUGAUGAGGGGGUGGAGGUGGUGGGGGGGAUCACUUUGCUUCAAACUUUAAACGUUCUGAGGUCCCAGAAAGUUUACAGAAUCGCAACAUUCUAGCAGAAAGCGAGAGAAACGGUGCAGAAAUGUGGACGUUUUUGCACCUUCAGUAACAUGGCAUGGUCACAGGAGCGGGGAAACUUAUCAUGACACACAAGUGUUCUCAGAACAUCACAAAGGUCUUUGCAGGGUUGCAGAGAACAGGGAGUUUAUGGGGACCUGGUAAAUAUAGUGGUAAACAGGGGGUCAGUUUUAGCUCUUGUAUUCACAGCGAUGCUGCUAAAAGCAAGUUUCGUAACUACAGCUGUCACUUUUUCCCUAACAGUUUAGCAAAUUUAGCCUCUUAUUUUGUGGAGACUAGGUUACAGAAAUUUGGGCCCUUAUGGGGACAUUUAGGGGUCAGCUUGUACUCCCUUUUCUUCACAAUUGGGCAAAGAAAGUUUCCAGUUUUAAGUCAGUGUGUUCCAGCUGCCCCUUCCUGCCCACCUUUUCCAGUGUCAGCCAUAAUAAAAUCCCAUGUGCUAAAUAAACCAACAACUCCAACUGAAUUGUACCUCAAAGCACACUUGUGUCUUACAAAUCAAUAACAAUGCUUCUAAUUGGAGGAAAUGGAGGCGUUCCAGCUGAGCCCGCUCUCCCCCUACAGUGUCUAAAUCGACUUUAUUUUUGCAAGGAAAAAAAGAAAAAGAAGAAAAGCUAUUUAUUAAAUGAGAAAUUUAAUGAUAAUAGUUUUUUUGACAGGGAGAGGCGGGAGAGUUGUUGGUGUCAUGUGCAGGCUUUUCAUAAAAUCUGACAGAAAUGGAUCCGUUGCCUUAAAUCCAAUGCACACUACUGCUAGCUAUUGUCAUAAACAGAAAGUCCAUUAUUGGAAGUGACUGAAUGUGUCUGCCGUCCUCUCCCGUCCUGAAACUCUCAAACUGAUCUUGCACACUCCCAACAGCUUUGUCGUCCUGUGAAGCACCACGUUCGAGAACUCACUCCCCAGAAAACACUCUUGAAGGUACACGGACUCUGAAGCAGCUCAUAUCGCUUGAUGGAGUGCCAACACUUUAUUCCACGUGGUCGUCUCUGCACCUCCGCUCCCACCUCCCUUCCAGCGUGUGAUAGUAAACAGUCCGGCUCAUUUCUGACAGUCUGACAUUGUUUUCUUAAUCAUGGUUGUUGCUCAAAGCCUUUCACAGCAAUUCAUGAUUCCAGCUUUGGUUUUGUGAGUUUCACUUUGUACAAAAAUACACAAAACGUACAUAAAUAAAAGAGAAUGAUUGAUUUUUAGUCCUUUUGUUUUAAAAAGGCAAGCUCAUGUUUUUAGCCAUAACCUGA